AUGGUUGAAUAUACAAAAGAGGAACAAGAGAAGUUGGUGCAGAGAUUUGAGAUUCAGAGAGAUGAAAGAAGAGCUGGUUUAGUCAACGAAAUAAGGAAGCUCUGUGAGAUAUUUGAGUCCAAGAUACAGAGACGUGUCCACAAGGUGCCGAAGAAGUUUGCAGAGCUCAAGAUCAAGGAUGUGUUGAAUGUGGAGCGAGACCACAAGAUCAAGAUCUAUCAGUUGAUUAGUGACAUUGAAGCUUACAAGAAAACAAACAACAGGAAGAUAAAUGACGAUGAGCAAAUGAGACUGGAGAUUGCUCAACUGAGAAGAAAGAAGGCUGACAAUCUGAGAAGCUUACAGAAGCGCAAAGAGAGCAUUGCAACGACUGGACGUGUUUCCAAGCCAAAGAAAUGA